UCUCAUACACAUUGCUCUGUGGCUGUAACUAAUUGUCGUAGACGACGACGACGCGAUCAAUAUGCAGAUAAGGCAGGUGUUGCUGACCGGCAUUAUUACCUGUUGUAUUGUACUCAGUGACCAGAUUUCAACUCCUUCCGAUGACCACUACUGGGCAGGCGUUGUGGAGUUUAGUUUCGAAGCCAAAGGCAACGAACAGCCCGAUAUCAAUACGUCUAAAAAUCUGGAAAAAUAUAUCCAGAUCAUAAAUUCCACCGAAGCUGAUCCUGUGGAUAUCAUUGUCUUCCCGGAGUAUGGUUUAAGCAGCAUUGAAACGGCUUCGUUUGUACCUGCUCCCUAUGAGGGAGUUGUCCCUUGCAAUAACUUUACGUAUGAAGCUACUGUCCGGGAUCUAUCCUGCUCGGCGAAAUUACAUCGAAAGUAUUUGGUAGUUAACCUGGUAGAGAAAGCACUUUGCCCGGAGAAUGGUGAUAAGCGACCAUGCGCUGCGGAUGGCUUAUAUCAUUUCAAUACGAAUGUCGUUUUUGAUCGGAAUGGAUCCGUCAUCGCACGAUAUCGAAAAUAUAAUCUUUUCGGAGAGGCCGGAAUUAAUACGACACUGCGGGCUGAGAAUUUUAAAUUCGAAACCGAUUUCGGAGUCACCUUCGGUACGUUCAUUUGCUUCGACUUGAUGUUUGAUGAACCGGCUUUACACUUGGUCCGCGAUGGGAUUACCGAUGUGGCCUUUAGUACGAUGUGGUUUUCGGAGUUACCGUUUCUGACGGCGGUUCAAAUUCAGCAAGCGUGGGCCUAUAAGAACAAUGUUAAUUUCUUAGCUUCGGGAGCGAGUUACCCGGAAGUUGGCAGCACCGGAACAGGAAUUUUUGCCGGAAAGCGAGGACGAAUUGUGUCCGUUAUGAAUCACCAUGCGGAUGUUAAACUAUACGUGGCUAAGGUUCCCAAAAUUAACCGACCGGAGGCUAGUUUUGAUCGGCAACCUGUUGAGAAAUAUACGCCGUUGGAAAUGGUGAACCUCAAACUGAAACGAGACCAGAUUGAUAGAUACAAUACAACCAGUCUUCCGAUGAAAAGUAACAGUAACUUUCAGACAACUGUGUGCCAAAGUGAGCUUUGUUGUAAUUUCGCUUUGAAUUAUACAGUUUCAUCUUUAACUUCUGAUGCACAAUACUACCGCUACCGUUUGGCGGUACACGACGGUAUACGAACGUUCGAUGGGUUCGCGGACGGUGCCAUUACGGCUUGCGCCAUAAUGGCUUGCACCAACGAGAGUCUGAGCUCCUGCGCAACACGGUUCGAUAAUUCAUCUGCCGUGGUCAAUGCGGUAGAAUUUCGUUCGAUCGCAAUAGAUGGCAUUUUCCCGGGUGAUGAAGAUGUUUUUCUACUUCCGAACAGUGUCGAUAUGAGUAUCCUACCACUGGAGGUUGAAGAAACUGAGUACAGUGAACGAUUGUUUACGGAAAAUUCGGCCAAACUCGUAGAAGUUCAGUACAAACUGAUUAGUCCACGCUCUGACCUUUAUGCAUUCGCAAUUUGGGGUCGCAAUUUUAUUAGCGAAUCCAACAGCGCUCGGCCCGGCGUUGUGUUAGUAUUGAUUGCUCUUGUUACCUCUGUUUUAUUAAAUAAAGUGUUUUAA